AGAGUUCUUCGUCUCUCUACUUGUACUCUGCUCUCUAAAACCCUAGAUUCCUCUCGUCUUCAAUCGUUUUAAAAGAUUUUCUUUUGGAAGGUGGAGAAAUGGAAGGAAAUUGUUCGCAAGGAUGCAUUGUUCGUGGUGAAAAUGCUCAUGGACGCUUUGAUUCUCAAGUUGGUUCUUCUAUGAGAGAUCUUCGUCCAAAUGCUAUGCAUCAGAAUCAGAAUCAACACCAUCCAAAUCCUCGAAAUGACUCGGGCUUUGACAUUACUAUGGAUGCACAUCGCAACAAUGUCGACAGAGGGAAGAAAUCGAUGAGUGAAGAUGAUGAACUAUGUUUGAGUUGUGAUGGUCAAAACAAGUCCAACAAAAACUCUCCUUGGCAACGUGUUAAAUGGAUGGAUAAGAUGGUGAAGCUGAUGAUAACUGCUCUUUCUUAUAUCGGUGAGGACUCUAGUACUUCCGAAGACGGUUGCGGAAGGAAAUUUGCUGUUUUGCAGAAGAAAGGCAAGUGGAGAUCAGUUUCUAAAGUCAUGGAUGAAAGAGGUUAUCGUGUUUCGCCGCAGCAAUGCGAGGAUAAGUUCAAUGAUCUUAAUAAGAGGUAUAAGAAGCUUAAUGAGAUGCUUGGUAGGGGAACUUCUUGUGAGGUUGUUGAGAACCCUGCACUCUUGGAUAAGAUUGAUUACUUGAAUGAGAAAGAGAAAGAAGAAGUUAGGAAAAUCAUGAGUUCCAAACAUCUUUUCUAUGAGGAGAUGUGUUCCUAUCAUAACGGAAACAGAUUGCAUUUGCCUCAUGACCCUGCAGUACAGAGGUCCCUUCACUUGAUUACACUCGGAAGCCGUGAUGAUCAUGAUAAUGAUGACCAUGGGAAUCACCAGAAUGAAGAUCUUGACGAUGAAGAUGAUCAUGAUGGAGUCUUAAGUGACCGUCCCUUGAAGAGGUGUAGACAAAGCCAGAGCCAUGAAGAUCCGAAUAAGGGUUAUGAUGUCCCUCUUUUGCCUCGUUCCCAAGCUGAUGUGAGUCGAGGAAUGUCGCUAGACAGUGAGAAAGCUGCUGGCUUACAGAGGCAGCGGAUUGAGUCUAAGUCUCUUGAGUUAGAAGAACGCAAGCUUCAGAUUCAAGCGGAGUUGAUGGAACUGGAGAGACAACAAUUCAGGUGGGAGGUGUUUAGUAAGAAAAGAGACCAGAAGCUCGAAAAAAUGCGAAUGGAAAACGAAAGGAUGAAACUUGAGAAUGAAAGGAUGACUCUUGAACUGAAACGAAUUGAAUUAGGUGCUAAAUUGUGAAGAAUCUUGAGCAUUAGACUUUCUUGACAAUGAUUGCAUAAUCUAUUUACUUAUUUUAUUCUUUCAAUUAUAUUUUUAUUCUCCGGGUGAUUUGUGAAUCCUUAAGUACCAAUGCUCCCAUUUUAAAAUUAGUUUUCUUUUGUCUGUUACAUACAUAUUUUUAUAUUUAUUUUGCUCCAUGAUAUUUAGGUAGACCAAAUAUAUAAUAUUUAUAUAU